AUGCGCUUGACCAUACCUCCGUCUUCGAUGGAGGAACCCAAGGGAAAGCUUUCGGAAGAGGAAAAUGUCUGUCUCUUCCCCAAGCUCACCCAAGUCGGCCUCCCAGCCCCUGCCAGUGUUGCCAUUGAAACGGUGGGCUUGGGGCUUGAGAUUUCGCGUGCCAUGAAUGAGCGGUUCUCAUACGACCGCCUACUCGAACUACAAGUUAUGCUAUCAACAGUAUGGGCAAUCGUUAUCCACAGAUUCGUCGAGGCGAAUCCGGUUUUCUUCGCCAUGGUUAUCGAUGAUGAAGUCUCAGCAUCCACCGAAUCCUGCCGGAAUCUCUGGAAGACUUUGAUCGAUCCAACAACUUCGGUGGGCGUUCUAAACGACAUUAAACGAUGGGAAAUUUGUCCCCUAGCAGAGCACCACCAAGGUUCUUUCAACACCGGACUCUUCAUUCUAUCCAAGAAUCUGGAGACGGCUCAGAUGCUUGACGUCAAUCUGGUGGCACAGCCGAAAGGUUCCGAGUUCACACUCGAGCUCGUUUAUCAGCCUAAGCAUCUGUCCCCUUUCCAUGCACAGCACUUGAUGAGUGCUGUUUCAUCAGCCAUUCAUGGCGUCGCUUCCGCAGAGCCUAAUCGGUCUCUUUGCGAUAUCAGCCUCUGCACCUCGUCUCAACAGAAGCAGAUUCUGUAUUGGCAAAAUUCGAGACUGAAGGAAGGACCGUCCCUGGCAAUGUAUCAGAUCGUGGCGGAGCUCGCCACUCGACAGCCAGGUGCCCAGGCAGUUCAGAGCAGUAAGAGUGCCCUGACAUAUCUAGAGUUGGACGAUUUAUCUUCGCGCCUGGCAAUCCACCUCCAAGCCCGCUAUAAUCUCGCUCCCGGUGCCAUGAUCAUGCUCUGUGCAACCAAGGAUGUGUGGGCAGUUGUCGCCAUGCUCGCCAUCAAUAAAACUGGUGCAUGUUUCGUUCCGUGCGACGCAAGUCAUCCAGUCAGUCGGCGCCAGACAAUGGCUGGAAAAUGCCAGUCUGAACUAGCUUUGGUUUCACCAGAGCAUGAGACCUUAUUUCAGGGUAUUAUUAAAGAGAGCUUUAUAAUCUCAGAAGCCACCGUUACGAAAUUGCCACAGGAGACCAGGGAUAGUUGGACUGUGGGAGAACGUUUCCCAGUCGCCCCAAGUACACCAGCAUAUUGUUUCUUUACCUCUGGCAGCCUCGGAGAGCCAAAGGGCUGUCUCGGGACUCAUAGCGCACUUGCGGCCGUCGCCCAUCAAGUACCCGCUCUACGCAUGGAUACCAAAAGCCGAGUGCUCCAAUUUGCGAAAUUUGGUUUCGGUAUCUCAUUUAUUGAGAUAUUCUGCACACUCGCUGCUGGAGGUACAGUAUGUAUUGCGUCGGAACACGAGCGAUUAAAUGCACUGGAUGCAGCGAUCCGACGCAUGGAAGUGAACUGGGCUUUGAUCACUCCAACCUUGGCGCAAUCAUUAUCUCCUGAAGAGAUACCAACUUUGAGAAAACUCUUUCUGGGUGGUGAGGCACCAAACGACGAUCUCAUCUCCCGGUGGCAGUCCAAGGCGUCCUUGUUCCAGGUUUUUGGCACCACGGAGAUGGCUGGCGUGACGAUGGUGUCCUCGGAGAUUACAUCGACAGCGCAGCGUAAGAUAGUCGGCUUUCCUGCGAAUUCACGGAUUUGGCUUGUGGAAUCCACGGGGAAGGACUCCAAUGAUACCCGACUGGCUCCAAUUGGUGCUGUUGCAGAGCUGCUGAUAGAGGGGCCAAGUCUGGCUGAAGGAUACCUGGGUGAUCCGGUGCGAACUCAAGCCUCGUUCCUCUCACUUCCAUCAUGGUUGCCUGAUGGGUACAGCGGAUCGACCAGACUUUACAAGACAGGUGAUCUGGUUCGAUACAACGGAGACGGAUCACUAAGCUAUAUUGGUCGCAUGGGAACCCAAGUUAAACUACGUGGGCAACGGAUCGAGCUUGAGGAAGUCGAAUGUCACCUCGUCAGACUACUGCCAGGAACACACUCAUUCUCCGAGGCUCGACUUGUCAUUGCCCUCGUUGUUGAACCUCGUGGAGACGCUGAAAAACGAACCCUGGCGGCAUUCGUUCUCGUUCCUCCAAAAGUCAACAGUCCCAGAAGUAGCGACACUGGACGCCUUGAGUUUGUCAAACCAGACACUCCGCACCUUUAUGAAGAGUUGGAAGAUAUUCGUCAGAGGUUGCAAGGAACGCUCCCUAGUUUCAUGGUGCCCCAGCUACUGUUUGUGCUAACGGACGUACCACGAACGGUAACCGGGAAGAUUGACCGCAGCGGGCUGCAGCGCCAAAUUAACGCGCUCCCAUAUGACGAACUGCGUCGAAUUUCAGGCAGGCGAGUGGACAUGCAGGUUCCGGGCUCAGAAGUAGAGCACCUAAUCCAUGCCAUAGUCUGUGAGAUCCUCGCCAUCCGAAGUGACCAGGUCAGCAUGCGAGAUGACUUUUUCCAUCUGGGAGGGAACUCGAUGAGUGCCAUUAAGCUAGCAGCGGCGGCAAAAAGGAGAUCCCUGAAGCUCGUUGUGGCUGAUAUUUUCAAACACUCGGUCCUCGCCGACAUGGCAACCGUAGCCCUCAAGACCAGUAACGGUGUGCAUGCCCAUACUACCAUACAUGGUACUACCAUCCAUGGUGCUCCUACGAAGACCACACUGGAAAGGUUCAAGCUUCUCUCCGAGUACUCCGUCACUCGCGAAGAUAUCAAUGAAGCCGUUGCUACACAGUGCGGCAUCUCUUAUUCGUCUCUUACGGUGGAUGCGUAUCCCUGCUCCCCUCUCCAGGAAGGAAUGAUGUCAAUGACAGAGAAAAGUGCGACUAUGUAUCGGGCACAAGUCGUCUGCAAGCUGCACUCGGGGAUCCAGAUUGACCGGUUCCAAGCCGCCUGGGAGGGGGUCGUUGAAAACAAUGACAUUCUGCGGACACGUUUAAUCUCGGUCUCCUCCAAAGGUAUGUGGCAAAUUGUCAUCUCUGAGCCUUUCGAAUGGGACCGCGAUGCGUCUCGGGCAGUUUCCGACUCCAUGGGGCUAGGUACACGACUAGUUCGAGCUGCAAUAGAGACAAGCAAGGACGGGGCUGUCUUCAUCCUCACCAUUCACCAUGUCUUGUGUGACCUGUGGACCAUCCGACUUCUCCUGGAUCAGCUGUGGUCUUCGUACGAUUCCAUAACGGAUGGGGUUGCUGGCCCAAACUAUUACCGUCCAUUCAUCGAAUAUGUCCUGGAGCGAUCUCGUGAUCCCGCAUCUGCGAGCUAUUGGAAAGCAAGAUUUUCUGGUCUGGAAGCCGAAGCAUUUCCUCGCCUUCCACAGCCGGACCUUUCUCCAUCCCCUGAUGAGAAGACAACAUGCCACAUCAAUCUGCCACCUCUGGUCACAGGAGGCAUCACUGUAGCCACCUAUCUUCGACUGGCUUGGGCAAUGGUUGUUUCCCAUCACACCGCCGUUGACGAUGUUGUGUUCGGCGAGACGCUGAAUGGACGGAGUGGAAGGCUACAAGAACAAUCUGACGAGAGCCUCGAGAAGAUCGUGGGACCGGCUAUUGUCACGGUACCCCAACGCAUUCUGCUCGACCCCGAGAGAUCGGUUGCCGAAACAUUGUCCCUGAUUCAGGAGCAGCAAACUCAGAUGAUCUCUUUCGAACAAGUGGGCCUGCAGCAUAUUCGACGCCUCAGUCCAGAGGCAGACUGCGCCUGUAUGUUCCAGAGCCACUUGGUUUUCCAGCCGGCAUGGAAGCCCCCUGGGCAACUGUUUAAGUCUGUGGAGGCUGGUGCUAGUGAGGUUGGUGGCUUCUCCUCAUAUGCUCUUGGCCUGGAAUGCGGUCUCAGCGAGGACGAGAAUGAAGUUGAUAUCACUGCAUAUUUCGACAGCAGGGUGGUGUCGCGCGCACAAGCUGCACGACUUCUGAAUCAUCUAGAAAUGGUACUGCAGAGCUUAGUACAGGAGCCAUACCAGACCAUCCGGUCAGUUCCGCAUAUCACCCCCGAAGAUCUAGACCAAAUCCAUGCCUGGAAUGUGACGCUGCCUGAUGGCCUGAAGGAGUGUGCACAUGAGGCUAUCCGCAAGCAGAGCCAGGAAACGCCAUCUGCACCCGCGAUCCGCGCCUGGGAUGGUGAUCUUACCUACGAGGAACUCGAGCACUACUCCAAUCAGAUCGCUGUCGCAAUAGUCGAUCGCGGUAUCCGGCAGGGGUCCUUGAUUCCUCUAUUGUUCGAGAAAAGUAUGUGGAUGACGGUCGCGAUGAUAGGGGUCAAUAAGGCCGGUGGUGCAUUCGUUCCAAUGGAUUCGGCACAACCGCUUCAACGGCUUCGUGUUAUUGCUGAGCUGACCGAAUGCACGGUGAUUCUCUGUUCCAAAUCAAACACGGAACUGGCGAAGCAGAUUUCUCCAAAUGCCAUUAUCCUGCCUGUACCUGGCUGUAGGGAGGGUGGCUCUAUCAUGCAAGAUAGUGGUCAGGGCCUGGUGGACUUGCAGUGUCUACCAAAGGUCCAACCACACGAUCUGAUGUAUGCCGUCUUCACAUCUGGCUCCACAGGCACGCCAAAAGGGGUGUUAAUUGAGCACGGUUCCUACUGUACUGCGGCGAGAGAGUGUAGCUCCGCGCAUGAGAUUGACCGGCAAUCGCGGAUGCUACAGUUCGCCUCGUAUAGCUUUGACGCAUUCCUCGCGGAAUCACUCAACACGUUGGUCGUAGGUGGUUGUGUCUGUGUUCCAUCCGAGAAAGAUCGCCAGAAUGGGCUUGCUAAAGCUAUGCGUGAGAUGCAAGUCACCCAUGCUAUGCUCACCCCAGCUAUUUCUCGGCUCUUCCGCCACGAGGACGUUCCGUCUCUUCGCUCUUUGAUUCUGAUGGGCGAAGCAAUGCGAUCAGCUGAUUUCGACUACUGGGGAAGCCACAUCCAGCUGUUUAAUGGGUAUGGGCCCACCGAGUGCACGAUCGCCCUCUCGUGCCGCGAGUAUCAGGCUGGGGUACAUGUAAACGACAUCGGCUGGCCGCGUGCUGCCGCAGCCUGGAUCAUCGAUCCACGGAACCCCAAUCGCCUGAUGCCAAUUGGAGCCGUUGGGGAACUCGUCGUCGAAGGCCCGCCAGUAGCAAGAGGGUACCUGAAAAGCCCGGAUCAGACGUCCAAGGCAUUCAUUUCUCCUCCAUCAUGGCGACCACAAACACACCAGUCCCAUCGAAUGUACCGAACCGGUGAUUUAGUUUCCUACACAGAGGAUCGAUCCUUGCGAAUUGUUGGAAGGAUGAACGAUCAAAUCAAACUGCGCAGCCAGCGUCUCGAGAGGGGUGAGGUCGAGUCACGACUGCGACAGUUCUGGCAACCUCCAGGAGUCGAGGUCGCUGUCGACGUGAUUGUUCCGGCUGGUGACGCAGACCGGGUCUCUCUGGCGGCUUUCAUCGUCCAGGAAGGCUCGGAGCAAAACAAUAGUGACAAGAAUGCAGACCAUGGAACAGACUGUCGUUCCUUGUGCAGGAAUCCAACCGCGGAGUUUUCUCGAGUGGCCACGCAGGUGGAGGCCCAGCUCCAGCAGGAACUGCCACGGUUCAUGGUCCCCUCAAUUUUUGUCCCGGUAUCCCGCAUGCCACAUAUGCCCAGCGGGAAAAUCGAUCGACCACGGCUUAAACGCGAACUGGAGGCCUCCCCUUGGGAAGAGCUCCGUCGGUAUCUCCCAAGUGCGGCCCCCAGUCGACUAGCCACGACGAAUGAGGAGCGGACAUUGCAGGAGAUCUGGGCGCAGGUCCUACACCUUCCAUCUAGUAAAGUCGGUAUAGAUGACAACUUCUUUCAUCUUGGAGGGGAUUCUGUCAAUGGAAUGCAAGCAGUGGUGCAGGCUCGUGCAAGGAAUAUUCCUCAUACACUGGAAGAAAUCUUCCGCUGGAAGACCAUUGCAGCUAUCCUUUCCCAUCUAACAGGCCGGAAGCAUCAAGAGAGACCCCCCCGACACCAUGAUUCCAACCUGACCAAGACCAACAAUCACUUGGAAAGUUUUCGCGGAACGCUGGCGCGCUCUCGGUUGCCGUUUGAAGGUGUCGAGGACAUUUACCCAUGCGGUCCCAUCCAGCAAAACAUUCUACUUGUGCAUAGCCGACGACCAGCGUUUUAUCACGUCGCCUUUACAUGGGAAAUUCAUGAUGCGACUGUUGAUAUGGUCGUCCGUGCGGUUAAGCAGCUUAUUGCACGGCAUGCUAUCUUCCGGACCCGCUUCCUAGAGCCAGACAUCGUGGAUGGCAGCUUUUUGCAGAUUGUUCUUCGCCAGGGACAGCAGGAUAUCCCAAUCAGAUCUGUAUCGGAAGGGCUCAUCGACUUUCCUGGUGAUUUCCAGCCCACUGCUCGAUGUCCAUCGCAGUUCACAAUCUAUCACAGGGACUGGAGCUCGGUCCAUGUCCGCCUGGAUAUUACUCAUGCCCUGUGGGAUGGAGGGCCUGCUACCGUUGUUGAGCGGGAGUUAGGUCUUGCGUCUCAUAGUAAACCGCUGCCGCCGGACCCCCCUCUUUAUCGCGAUUACAUCUCUUAUGUGCAGUCUCAAGACCUUGCGGCCGGCGAAGCUUUCUGGAGCUCCCAUAUAAAGGACACAUCACCCUGUCACUUUCCUUCACUUCGCGCAACUCGCAUGUAUGAGCCUGAUGUACCGCAGGAUCUGCACUUUGAGCUCGACCAACAUGCAGAGGUCGGUCCUUUUUGUCGGCGUCACAACGUCACCGCUCCCAACAUGUUUUGCCUAGCUUGGGGCUUGGUCCUGCGCGCGGUGACAUCGAUGGAUGAGGUGUGUUUUGGGAACGUUGUUUCUGGACGUGACCUACCUCUCACCGGUGCCCUGGAAAUGGUCGGUCCUCUGAUCAACCUUCUGCCAUGCCGGAUCAAUCUGCGUGAGGGAACGGUGAUUGAAACUCUGCAGCGGAUCUAUCAUGACUACGCAGCAUGUCUCUCCCACCAAGCAUUUCCUAUCGCCAACCUCCCGCAUUCCAGUGGCCGUUCUGCGCUCACUCUCUUCAACACUCAGCUGUCCAUUCGCCGCGCGACGACCGCUUCUCAACCGGGAGAAGAAGCGCCUAAGGCCUGUUUGCGCGCCAUCCAGUCGUGGGAUCCACAUGAGUGUCGGAUCAACGUCUAUGUAAUUAUGGAAGAGAGCCGAACGCGUGUGGAGAUGAGAUACUGGAAGUCGGCUAUGUCCCCCGCACAAGCCGCCCUGAUCGAGAAAUGCUUUUCCGCGGCGGUGUCGCAGAUCCUUGCCCACGGCGAUCAACCACUGACUGAACUAGGUAUACUUCCCCCUGAAGAACAAAAGCGAGUCUGGGAGCCGUCCUUGUCUGCCGCUGUCGUUCGUCUGCGGGAACUGUGGGCGAAGGUGUUAGACAUACCCCAUCACCUAAUUGGAGGAGAGGAUGACUUCUUCCGCCUAGGAGGAAACUCAGUCCGUGCCCUCCAGGUGACUGGGUUGGCGCGAGAAGCCGGAAUGGAUCUCCGGGUGGCGGAUGUCUUUACCGCGUCGACUCUGCAUGCGAUGGCUCGGAGAUCGCUAGUGGUGUCACAGUCUGGAUAG